UAAGUGGUUGUCAAGAUGGGCGCCUUCGUUGCAACUUAAGGCAGCUGAUUUCUCUUGCUGGGGUUGAUGAUGAGGUAUGUUCUUCCACCAUGGUAACAUAGAGGAACGAACUUUGUUGAGUUCGGCCUUGGGACUAAAUAUGCCUUCGUAUUGAUGAAAUAAGUCGCAGCUUUUUAGUGCUUUGAGCCGACGUUAAAGUCUUCCACUUUACAAUCGUCGGGUAAAGCACGACAGAAUCGUUGUAACUUGAAGGCAGUCGAUUCCAUUUGCCGGAAUUUUUGAUGUUGAGCAGCCAUUUUUUGCUGAGACAGUUCCUUUUGUUGAACAGGCAUCUUGUCUUGCUUAGCAAGAGCUUCGUAUGGCAUCAAAGUUGCCUCACGCGUUGGCUAUCUCAGACAUCCAGUGCGCGACCACGUCGUUGGUAUCGUUGUCGCUUGCACAGCACAAUCACUCUCUUAGCCACUCCUGUGUAUCCUGCAGCACGGAUAUUCAAGCGGACGGCGCAAGCCAACGGUGCUAGGCCUAUCAACGGUGGACGUCACGCCGUAGCGUCUGUCGAUUAUUCCAAUGGAUUCAACCAGGCUGCUCCGCACAGCAUGCCACUGAACAGUGCGCUGGAAGUCAAGGAUCUUGGUGGUUCGAGACGAGCGAGGGGUAGAAAUGGCAACUUUUGAGGCAUUUGCCGGAAAGCGACGACAGGAAAUGAUAUAGUAUGUUCUUCCUUUCUACGACGCGGCGCGGCGAGAAGUAAACCGCCCGCAAUAUUACCCAAGUGCUAUCUUCCGGCGAAGCAGGUGUAAGGAUAACCAGAGAACAACAGCAAUCGUCCUGAUAGUGGCCUCCGACUGAUCACUGUCUAUAGAGUUGAGUUUCAGAUUGUCCAAGACGCGGAUUUCGAGACACUCCACGUCGACUGCAUCUGCCUUCUAGCCAAAAAAAAAAAAAAAAGGAUGUGCACGGCGUCGUUAGAGAUGUAGCGCCACAGACAAAGCCCGCGGCAGGUGCCCCCGAGAGGGUUUACAUACAUGACGCCAAUGAGAAAAAAGAGUAAAAGAAGAUGAA